CUGAAAUUGGGUUUAGGUUUGCUUUGAUUUCUUCCUACCUUGAAAUGCAUCAUCAAGGCAGCAGUUUUCAGAUUUCGGACGCAGCCGCUUCUUUACGAGACGAGAGCAGUCAUUAUUUCUCUAGGCAGAAACGGGAAGAUGUAUCAUUCUUUUGGAUUGGGAUCGCAAGUGCCCAUGAUUGCUCCUGUCUCUUGCAAAUUACCAGACGAGAAAGGUAAGCGGCUUCGCGCUUUGUUGGGGAAUGUGAAACUGAGCCUUCUCUACAAAGCUUCAGUCCAUGGAUAUAAAGCUUCUGCCUUCCACCAGAGAUGUGACCGUCGUGGCCCUACUUUACUUGUAGCCUUCAACCGAUCAGGCUACGUCUUUGGUGGAUACACUAGUGUGGAGUAUGCUCGAAGUGGGCAGCAUGUUAUAGAUAGGGAAGCUUUCCUGUUCAGCUUUCAAGGCAGGAUGCCUGUGUGCAUCAAAAUUAACGGUGGACAUUACGCACGCCUCGAUGACGCUGGAGGGCCGAACUUUGGCCAACAGCUGUACUUUUGCUACAACAACCAACCAGUUGUGUUGAAUCACAGAGGGAAUGCAUUUAGUGUUAAUACGGCAACAAUGUAUGGGAACGACACUGAGCUGACAGAAUGUGAGGUGUACAAAGUGAAGCAGGUCCCUCAGAGCAGCGCCAUAAACAAGCAAUGGAGGAAUGUUCUGUGGACAGAAAAUCGAAGAGAAGAGCUCAUAGAAAUGAUCAGGAACCAUAAACCCCUGAUGACGUCUGUGAGUCGAGUCCGAAUCCUAAUGAUCGGUCCUGUAGGUGCUGGAAAAUCCAGUUUCUUCAACUCUAUCAACUCCAUCUUCAUGGGCCGCAUGACCAGCAAAGCCAUGUCAGGAUCUGCAAGAACUAGUGUCACCACACAGUUUCGCACAUACUCAGUUGUUGACUUUCAUGAUGGAACGCUGUUGCCAUUUGUGUUGUGUGACACCAUGGGACUCGAGGAGCAAUCAGGUGCAGGACUGGAUAUUGAGGACAUCAGCAGCAUUCUUCAAGGUCACGUACCAGACCGCUAUAAAUUCAACCCCAUUGCACCAUUUCAACACAAUGAACGAAGAGUCAACAGACCUGCAUCUCUACAGGAGACGAUUCAUUGUGUAGUGUACGUGAUGGACGCCACCAAAAUCUCCCUCAUGUCUGAUAAACUAGAGGAAAAACUUGCUUCCAUACGCCGAAGAGUAAACUCUCUAAGCAUUCCCCAGAUCGUCCUGAUGACCAAAGUAGAUGAAGCCUGUCCUCUAGUGGAGAAGGACCUUCAAAGCCUCUACGUCAGCUCCUACAUCAAGUCAAAGGUUCAGGAGGUGAGCUCUCGGUUGGGUGUGCCGGUGUCUUGUGUGUUACCGGUGAAGAACUACAGUCAGGAGCUGGAGCUGGAGCUCAACUGUGACGUCCUGCUGCUCUCCGCUCUACAGCAGAUGCUCAACUUCGCAGAAGACUACCUGGAUGAUGUUGGUCGUCUGGAGUAUGAUGUAUUAUAAAUCGCGCUGGUGGAAAAUUUGCUUUUGAUACUGUUAUGCUAAUGAGCUUUUUGUUUGAAUGUUAAAUAACGAUUACAUGAUUCUCAGUUGAAGUGCAUUUAUUUUCUUCUAUAUGCUAGAAAGUUCGUAAAAUAAUUGUUAAAUUACAGAAAAAUCUGAGUUAUUAAACUGAGCGUAUGUUAAAGCAA